AUGACGAUCAACGCGGUGCUCGAGGCGGACCUGCGCUCCAUUUCCGCUGAGGCUCGCCGGCGAUUCCCCGCCGUGAAGGACGCCGCGGAACGUGGAAUCCUCAAGCACGCGGACGGGUCAGAGGAGGCGGUGCAGCUGAAGGUGCUGCAGACAGUGCUGACAGUGCUGCAGUCGCAGCUGCACCCCAAAGAUGAGGAGAGCAUGGCCAUCAUCCUUGGCAUCUGCCUUCGCCUGGCAGGCAGCACUCGGCAGCUGGACUGUGUCCACAGCACGGCCACAGCAACGCUGCGGCAAGCCAUAGCGCUCAUCUUCGACAGAGCUGCCAGCAGCGAGGGCCUGCCGGUGCAAUGUGCCCCGCGCCAGGCCAACCGUGUGUGGAACACCUCCGAGCCGGGUGACAUCAGCCGCAUCGUCAUGGCCUCCAGGGCGACGGAGGGCGAGGGGGCGGGGCGGGGGGGGGGAGAGGAGCUGGAGACGGUGGUGCUCAAGGAGCGCGUGGACGACCUCUCACCCGCAGCCCGCAUGGGCCUCCGCCUGCUCGAGGACCUCGCCGCUCUCGCUGCGGGCCAACAGGCGCAGUGGCUGCACGUGCCAUCACUGCAGCGCACGUUCGCCCUGGAGAUGCUGGAGUACGUCGUGUCGCACUAUGCCACGCUCUUCCGCCGCCUCACUCCCUACCAGCAGGUGCUGCAGCACAAGCUCUGUGCACUCGUGAUGACGUCACUGCGCUCCACAGGCUCUGAGGAGGGGGAUGUGGGCGAGCCAGGGUACCGGCGGUUGGUGCUGCGCUGUGUGGCCACUCUCGUGCGGCAGCACCACGCUCAGCUCACCACUGAGUGCGAGGUGUUUCUGCUGAUGCUGGUGAAGAGCGUGGACCAGGACCUGCCUCUCUGGCACCGCAUCCUCGUGCUUGAAGUGCUCCGGGGCUUCUGCGUGGAGCCAGGGACCCUUCAACUCAUAUUCAACCUGUUUGACAUGCAGCCGGGCAACAGCAGCAUAGUGGAGGAGAUGGCAGUGGCGCUGGCCCACGUGGUGCAGAGCGUGCAGGUGCCAGAAUCCAGUGAGGAGAGUCUAGCUGCAGUUGCCGGCAUGUUCAGCAGCAAGGCCAGAGCAGGGGUGGAGUGGUCAAUGGACUUUGACUGGGCGGGCAACGCAGUGGUGGCGGCGAGUGAGGCGCACGCCAUAACGCUGGCGGUGGAGGGGCUGCUGGGCAUCGUCUUCACCAUCGCUCUGCUCACCGACGAGGCCAUGGAUGACUCACACCCGUAUUCCGCCUCACCUCCCAAGUCCCCUCUCGCACCGCGCAAGCAACCUGAUGCUCAGGCCGUUGCCCAGGGCGGUGGGGCUGCUGCAACAGACGGUGCUUCAGGGGUUGGUGGGCGCCAGGGCGAGGAGGGGGCAUCACCUGUAAGCCCUCCCUCCCCACGGGUGCCAGGCAAGCACGCUGCCUUGCUGGCUGAGUCCGACUCCCAUGCGCCCUCCCCAGGGCUCACUCGCGGCCUGCUGGCCCUGCUGGGCGGCAUGCAGGAGGAGGGCGAUGGGAGCGAGUGGGUGAAGAAAGGAGCUCAGGAUGAUGAGGAUGCGGAGAGCAGGGGCGGCAGUGCAGAGGGGCGGGUGCGCGGAGCACUGGAGGAGCUGUGUGUGCGCAUGGUGGAUGCCGUGUGGAAGACCGUCCUCGAUGCUCUCUCCAUCAUUCUUGCCCGGUCACAGGGUGAGGCUGUCAUUCUGGAGAUUCUUAGGGCAUACCAGGCGUUCACCCAGGCAUGUGGCGCGCUGGACCUGGUGGACCCGCGGGACGAGUUCCUGGCAUCGCUGUGUCGCUUCACCCUCGUGGCCUCGCCAUCCAUGAGCACCAUGGCGCCACCCGGCCAGCCCUUUGACUCCGACCGCUUCCAAAUGCCCUCCUCCCCGUCAAGUGCGUACUUGUCGCCCAUGAGGUCGCUGGAUGCACUGCUGGGCACGGAGUCACGGGGGGACCUGCUCGCCUCCACCAUGGGCUCCGCUGCUGCCGCCUCUGCUGCCGCCCUGGGGCAGGGCGUGCCCGUGCUCACACCCAAGAACAUGCACGCCCUGCGCACGCUCUUCAAUGUCUCCCACCGCCUCUGCGCCGUGCUUGGACCGUCCUGGGAACUGGUGAUGGAGACUCUGGCUGCCCUCGACCGCACCAUCCAUUCGCCAUAUGCCACCAGCCAGGACGUAUCAGCAUCAGCAUCAACGCCAUCAGCAGGGUCGCGCGGGUCCAAGGAGCUCACAGGCGCGCCCUCCUCACUGCAGUCCGACUUCUCCGUGCUCGCCACCCUCGAUGCACAGCUGUUCCAGAGCACGGCCCACAUGGACACAGCGGCCGUGCUGGCCCUGCUGGCGGCCCUGCGGGUGGUGUCCAACCGCGCGCUGCACUCCGUCACCACCGGCCUCGGCAUCGCUGCCUCGGGGUCCUCCGCUGCUGCUGCCGCCGCUGGCACGUCUGCUGCUGCUGCGGCGGUGGCGUCGCCUCUGAGCACGGGUGCGCUGCCGUCGACGCUCAAGAUGUUUGCGGUGGAGCGCAUGCUGUCCGUGCUCUCCCACAACAUGCACCGAAUGGACCUUAUAUGGGAUGCCAUCCUGCUGCACCUGCUGGAGCUGGCGGUGCACGAGAGCGCUGGCGUGCGGGCGGUGGCGGUGGACGCCAUCGACCGCGCCGUCAUGGCCGCCCUCGCCUCGCCCCCCCUGCACCGCCGCUCGUCCACCUCCUCCUCCUCCGCCCUCACCUCUGCCACACCGACCGAGGAGCAGAAGGGAGAAGGGGCUUGUCGGACAGAGGGAGGGGAGGGAGGAGAGGAGAGGGAGGGGCAGAAGGGGGAGGGCGAGGGGGAGGGGCGGGGAGAGGUGGCGCUGGAGGAGAUGGUGGUGGGCGCUGUGAGCUUCCUGUGGCGCGAUGGGCGUGAUGCAGAGGUGAAGGCAGGCGCACUGCGCAUCCUGCUGCACAUGCUGGAGGUGAGUCCAGGGCAUACCUGUAACCGAUUUCACAGAGCACAUUUCACAGCUGUGCUCUUCCUCUCUCAUUCCAACCCUACUGCUGUGAUGGGCAGAGAUGGCCUGGAACAGCACGUCGCCCAGGGGGAUGAGGCACAGGCCUGUGCUGGCUCAGGGGUGGAUCGCUCCUCCACUUGCCUGGCUGUGCUGGAGCAAAAGCGUGCAGCUGCGGUGGGCUCUUGUUCUCUUUCUCCCGACUCUCUGUGUCUAUCACUGAUGCCUUGUGUGUCAUCCCUCUCAUGUGAUCAUUUCCGUUUUCUUCCUGCCUGCCUGUCUGCAGCGCCAUGGCGAGAAGCUGCACUCCACCUGGCCCACUCUUCUCAACCUCCUAAGGUGGACAUUCCUGCUGGGGCCACGCAGUGUUGCUGCUGGGGUCACACAGUGCUGUUGCUGCUGGGGACAACUGAUGAGCUGACAGUGAUGGUAGCAGCAACGAAUGACAAGGACCUCGUGGGCCUGGCCUUCCAGAGUGAGCUGGUGGUGGUCAACGACUGCCUCUCCUCCAUUCCGCCACACACCCUUCAAUUGUGUGUGGAGGUGGUGGGGGCGUUUGCGGGGCAAGUGGCGGAUGUGAACAUAUCUCUCACGUCCGUGGGGCUGCUCUGGACCAUGGCUGACUUCUUUGCUCGUGGCCUCGACCAUGCCACCACCACACACCGCACUGCCACCUUUUCCACGCUACUCAACCAGUGCGAUCUCCCCGCCUCCUCCUCGACAUCCUCUGCAGCGCCCCCUCUCUCCUCCGCCUCCGCUGCCACAUCGCUUCCAUCGACGGCACCAGCAGCGGGAGCAUCGGCACUGAAGCUGCCAGCGUCAGCCACGCCCUCCACCUUCACUAGGAUCCACAGAAAACCAGCUCACACAGAUGCAGGGGGGGCCAAACGGGGAGAGGGGGCUGAAGGAACGGAUGUGGGGGGAGCGCAGGGGAGGGGAUCCGGCAGCGGGAGGAUGCUGGACGAGCGGAGCAGCGCACUGCUGCUGGCGGUGCUGUGUGUGAUGGAGACGCGCGCCAAGGACGGGCGGCCGGAGGUGCGCAACGCGGCCAUGCGCACGCUGUUCCAGACGGUGGUCAGCCACGGCGCCAAGCUGCCGCCCGCCUCGUGGCGCCACUGCCUCUGGGACCUCAUCUUCCCCCUCAUCGACUCCGUGCGCUCCCUUGCAGCCACGGCAUCGAGAGACGAGGCGCCGGGGAUGGAGAUAGGGCGGCAGGGGGGGAGGAGUGUGAUGAUGCUGGUGCACCACAGCCGCAACACGGCGCAGAAGCAGUGGGACGAGACGCUCGUCAUGGCUCUCAAUGGACUCGCCCGCCUCAUCCGCGCCUUCUUCUCACUGCUGCAUACCAUGGACAAUUUCCGGGAAGUGUGGGGUGCACUGCUGCAGUUCGUGGAGGAGGGCGUGCUUACCGGCAGUAGAGAAGUCAGUUCUGCUGCUGCCAGCACUCUGCAGACCAUCAUGCUCACACAUGCCACCAAGGUGAGCAUCAUGCUCACACAUGCCACCAAGGUGAACAUCAUGCUCACACAUGCCACCAAGGUGAGCAUCAUUCUCACACAUGCCACCAAGGUGAGCAUCAUUCUCACACAUGCCACCAAGGUGAGCAUCAUUCUCACACAUGCCACCAAGGUGAGCAUCAUUCUCACACAUGCCACCAAGGUGAGCAUCAUUCUCACACAUGCCACCAAGGUGAGCAUCAUUCUCACACAUGCCACCAAGGUGAGCAUCAUUCUCACACAUGCCACCAAGGUGAGCAUCAUUCUCACACAUGCCACCAAGGUGAGCAUCAUUCUCACACAUGCCACCAAGGUGAGCAUCAUUCUCACACAUGCCACCAAGGUGAGCAUCAUUCUCACACAUGCCACCAAGGGCAGCAUCCCGCGGCACUACUGGGACAGCAGCAUGGAUGCGUAUGAGCUGCUGCUGCGUGACAGCACCGCUCCCGCGUCCGCAGUGGCGGUGCGCACGCGGCAGAAGCUGGUGGAGGACCUGGGCGAGGUGUACAGCACGGCGGGCCUCGCCUUUGAGGACAGCGACUACCUGCGCCUGCUCGCCUGCGUUGACGUCAUGGCGCGCUGCCCCGUGCUGCCCUCUGAACCCCCUCCCCUCGCCGGCACGCUGCCCCAGGUGCAGCGCACGGUGCUGGAGGUGCUGCCGCGCCUGCAGCCCUCGGCACACGCACAUCUGUGGCCCGCGCUGCUGCAGCAGCUGCUGGCGUACCUACCUGGUGGGGACCGCCUGCUCUGUCCGCACUGCCGCGUGCCGCCGCGCUUCCUGUCCGAGGCCACGCAACGCCACGCCCCCAAGGUUGCCCUUGCUGGCGCUGCAGGGGGUAUUGACGGCACGAAAGGGGGCAGCGGUGCUGAUGAAGGGAGAGGAAGGGGAGGAGGAGACGAUGGUGGGGAUGAGAGCGGAGCAGGCAGCGAGGAAAUCGGUAGUCAAGGAGGAGGCGUGGAAGGUGCCACACAAACUGCCAACAAUGGCAGUAGCAGCCGGACGACAUCAUUCGGCCUUUCGCUGGGCGGCAAAGUUCAACUGUUUGCGCCGGCAGCGGUGUACGUGCCGACAUCAGGCAACCCCACGGGGUCGUUCAUGCUCAGCUACCCCGUCACGGCGCCCGGCGCCCUCUCACCCGCACUGCAGGACCGCGUGGUGGCGCUGCUGCUCGAGCUCUUCCUCAACGCGCCCCCAGAGGCCCGAGACACCGUCCUGCCCGACCUCGUUGCUGCUCUCGGCAGGUGUAUGCUCAUCCGCCGCACCUCGCCUGACCUUCAGCUGUGGCGCACGGCCGUGGCCACGCUCUCAGACAUCCUCAAACACGCCCUCCCGCCUGACCCCCCUCUCACAGCACACGCCAAUCAUAUCUCCCCUUCAGACCCUCAGUCUCCUGCACACCCAUCCUCGCCCAAGCAUGCCUCUUCCACACACCACCACACCAAGCACCAGCAUGAGGCACGUAAGGAAGUUGCCAAGGAGGGCAACGGUGCAGUGGGCGGCAGCAGUGAGGGGGGGAGGGCACGGCAACGCAUGUGGCAGGAGCUGGCGGCGGUGGUGGAGCAGUUCGUGCUGGGCACAUGCGGCACCGCCCUGCUGCCAGACCUUCCCUCCCCGGCGCCCCAGCCCUCGCCAGCACCACCCCCAGGCCAUUCCCCCCGACGCUCCCCCAGAGUGGGGCGAGGGGAGGGCGCAGGGGGCAGUCCAAGGAGAAGAGCCGCUCCUGGCAGCGGCGGUGGCAGCGGGGCAGGGCGGGCACCAGAGGCCGGGGGAGCAUCCGUGCCUGCUGGGAGGGGGGUGGGGGAGGCAGAGAGCAGUGACUGGGGCACAGGCAGCGAGGGGAGGGGCGGAGGAGGCGCGGGCAGCAGUGGGUGGGCGGGGGAGGCGGGGUCGACACGGGGAGUGUCGGAGCUGCUUACUCGCGAGGUGGUGGAGGCUGAUGAGAUGCUGGAGGCGCUCUUCCUUGACACCCUCUGCACCCGCGUGCUCACCCACUGCCAUGACGCCCCCCACAAGGAGAGGGAGCGGCUGGUGGCAGUGCUGGAUGCGUGUGCUGCACGCACCAGUGCAUUGCCCCUGGCUGCUGCGGCAGCGCUGCCAACCCACUGCGCGCGCUUCUCCCUCGCCUGCCUCUCCCGCCUCUUCAUGCUCGCCGGGCAAGGCCGCCCAGAGGACACGGUGGCAUCGUCGUCGGUGGCGGUGGGGCGGCUGGUGCUGCCUCGCCUCGUGGCGCGCUGCCAUGCCAUUCUGCACCGCUUUACCGCCGACUCCUUGCAAGCAGGGUCAGCAGCCAUGCCGGCAGUGCGGCUGGCGGAGAUGCUGCUGCUGCUGCAGGAGUUGGUGCGCCUCGUGCUGCACCCCCUCGUCGCUGCUGCAGUGGACGUGCCCAUCGCGCCCAAAGCCAGUGCGGAGGCGCACACCACGGCGCAGGCAGCAGCAGCCGGGGACACGCUCACCAGGGGUGAGCUGGAGCGGCCAUGGGAGCGGGAAAGCGCAGCGCGGAGGUUUGUGGACAGCGAGGGGCGGCAGCUGGGGUGGCAGCGAGCGCACCUGCUGCUGCUCUACUCGCCCCUCUGCGACCUCGUCUUCCUCCGAGAUGCGGAUCUGUCCAACCUGUGUGCCAUCAUAUUCCGACUCAUAGGCAAUGAACUGGGGCUGCUCAGACAGCCAACCCCACACCACUACCGGUAG